AUGGCAAGUUUCUUUCGUGGAGUUACGCAACCAACACCUCUCCAACAAGCUAUUGAAAAAGCUACUGAUGGAAAUCAACCAAAUGAAGAUUGGGCUUUAAUAAUGAAAAUUUGUGAUCAUGUUGGAAUGCAUGAAGAAAGUGCAAAAGAAGCAAUAAAAAUUAUUCGAAAACGUUUACAAAUAAAUCCUGUAACAAGUGGAUGGCGUACAAUUGGAUUAACUCUUACUUUAUUAGAAGCAUUAACAAAAAAUUGUGGAAAACUUUUUCAUCUGCAAAUAGCACAAAAAGACUUUUUAAAAGACUUUAAAGCAGUUAUUGCCCCAAAAAAUACUCCACCAACAGCUAUACAAGAACAAGUUCUUGGCAUGAUUCAAAUAUGGGCAUUGGCUUUUCGUGAUGAUCCUGAUUUAAUUAAUGUUGAACAUUUCUAUGAAGAAUGUAAACAACAAGGUUUAGAAUUUCCACCAGCUGAACCUGAAAAUGCUAUUAAAGCAGCAGUACCGGCUACAGGAACAAUUGAACGUCCUACGCAAUAUUCACGAUCAAUGUCUCAACCGGCUACUGGUACGACGCAUCGUGAAAAUCGAUCAUUGUCGGAUGUUUCAUCUCAACAAGCUGCUCAUGAACAUACAGUUUUAAAACAAAUGACACCAGAACAAAUAGCUAAAUUACGUAGUGAAUUAGAUGUUGUGCAAACUAAUGUACAAGUAUUUGGUGAAAUGUUGGUUACAUUGCAACCGGGUGAAGAACAUCCAUUAGAUUUAGAUUUAUUAUUGGAAUUACAUAAAACAUGUAUACAAAUGCAAGCACGUAUUAUUGAUUUACUUACACAAGUUGCUAUUGAUGAAAUAACUGUUGAUCUGUUACGUUAUAAUGAUGAAUUUAAUAAUUCAUUAAAAACCUUCGAAAAUUAUAUGCAAGAACGGGAAAGACGAGUUGGUCCAUCUCAAGUACCAAUAUUAAAUCAAACAGCAUCACCACCUCCAAGUGCAAUUCCAACUUCUCAAUCAUCACCAACAAAAACAUUGCCUUCACCACGUAAUCAAGACAAUGAACCAGCAUUAAUUAAAUUUGAUGAAGAAUCAUUAACAUUACAAAAUAAUUUACAACAUAUGCAUAUUAAUUCAACAUCAUCUGAUGCAAUACCAAAAAAUAGCCCACAACAGUCAACUGCUUCAGUAACAACUCGACCUGUUUCAAAUCAUCAGGAUCCUGAACGUGGUGUCAAAGAAGUUGAACAAUGGUUGAAUAUUUCAAGUGGCCAUGGCAUAGAUAAUAAUUCUCAACAACAAGGUGGUACAACACAUGCAUUCAAUGAUCUUAUAGAUAAAAAGGCAUCAACUACACCCGAGCAACCAAUAUCAGAACAAGAUAUACAUAUUAAUUUACAACCAUCAUCAACACAAAAUCAACCAAAUGCAUAA